AUGGACAUGCCAGGAUUCGCGGCAAUGGAGAAGAUCUGGAAUAAAGACCAUGAGGCUGACUUUGACACGACAGAUAUCGUAUUUGGUUCUCACCGCUUUUGCUGGAUGAUUCUGGAAACUAUGCAUGUUGUCCUGAGGAACGCCGGUGAAGUGGAGUACUACUGCACGACUCGUAAUCUGACAGUGGUUGAGACGGGCGAUUACCUGACAGCGAUCCUUGAUUCUUCCAUGAAUUCUACUAGAGACGUUCCAGUGUAUCAGCCAGAACCAACGAACGGGACGGUAUGGAACGUUCGGCUCGGCAUUAAUGAGACGCUUGAUGCUCGUGAUAACCACACCUAUUUUUUGAUGCUGUUUAAUGGAAACGCUACUGUACAUUGCACUCUUAAUGGAGAAAAGCCCUCAGUGGAAACAACAAAACUCAACGCGGGUAUUUUCCACGAGCACCUGUUUCACCGUUCAAAGAACCCCGACAAUUGA